UCGGGCUACGGCCAUGUGGUAGGCUGUUUCUAAAGUAAGGACCCCUUGGAAGAGCUGCAUGGCCAGAGGCAUGUGAAUGGCCACGUUCUCGAUCGCGUACAGAGCUGAACACACGCAGUCGGACGCAGCCUCGUGCAGAAAAACAAAGAGUUCACACCAGAAGAGCGACCACUGUGGUGGAGUAAUAGGCCAGGUCUUCAAUGAUCUCCGUCCGUCGAUUCGCCCCGAUCCUCAGAGAUCGACUGUGUACCUCCUCUGGCAGGACGAUUAUCAAAAUUGACCCACAAAGUCUCAGCUAACAAGAUAAGCUGUCAGUUUGGACGUAAUUCCCAAAGACAUCGGUAAGGUUUCUUGGGAUUUUUAGAAUUGGUUUAAGAAAAUCUUGUUUGCAGAUUACGGCUCAUCCUUGUGCUUGGGGACCUUAAGGACCCGCUUAAAUCCAAGUCUUAACAAGCCGGAUUCCUGAUUCGGACAAUAAACUAGGCCAGCUUUUACAAUGUAAAAAAAUGCAGCAUAAAGUUAAAUCAACUUUGUUUUGCAAGUUAAUUCAACCUACCAUUUUAAGUUUUGGGUUGUGAUAAGUUGACAUAACUUUUAAAAUCAAGUUGAAAUUGUUUAAAGUAACAUACACUGUAAAACCUAAAAGUUAACUCAACUCAAACCAUUUAAGUAAACUGAUUGCAUACAUUUGAGUACUGUGAACCUAAACAAAUUGAGUCAUAUGCAGUUAUGCACUUAUAUUUAAGUUCACACUACUUAAAUAUAAGUGCAUAAUUGCAUAUGACUCAAGUUCACAGUACUUAAAUUUAUGUGUUUUAAAACUUAAAUGGUCUAAUGCAACCGGUUUACUUAAAAGGUUUGAGUUAAGUUAACUGUUAGGUUUUACAGUGUAAAAAUAUAUGUUGAUUUGACAAAAAUGCUGCAUAUUUUUUACAGUUACUAAUACUUUCAGUUAUCUGUUUUAUUACUGUCCAUUCCAUUUAGCAUACUUAAAAAAUAUGCAUUGUUUUGUACUUUACAUAAGUAAAUCUCCAAAACAACCCCAAAAUGUUUAUAUAUCAAAAAAAUAUAAAAUAAAAAAACACUAUAGAGUACUGCUCAUUUUGGCAUAACAACAAAACAUAUAUUGAUCGAGUCAAACAAGAUUGUGUGAAAAAUAUCAACAGUCUGUGCACACAGUGUUGGAAAACAUCAUCCAAAGAUAAAUUAUAUUUCAUGGAAAUAUAAAAAGAACUGAUAAAUAAAAAAAGUAAAUCCCAUUAUCAUGAUGUUGAUGUCAGCCAUGUUACUCUCAACCCUGUUAUAUUAGACAUAUUAUUUAUCCAACCUGUUUUGUAAAAUGAACAGUGGAAACAUGUUGCAGGUGCUUAAGAAAUCCAAUGGGUGUGAUGGGUAAUACUCAUGGACAGGGCGGAUUAUCCUGGGAAGAUGUCCGGAAGAUCACCCGGAGGAUGAUCUGCUAUCUCAUCCUCCCACUUUUCACGCUAUGCAAGAUUUUGAGGAUUUUAUAAAAGGCCGUUCAACCCUGGUUUUGGCAUUCAGGUUCCUCACUGACUUUGCAAACACACAGUCAGUGGCCCCAAUAGCGCAGUAAUGGAUGCGUGGGCCGUUCAGUUCGGGAACAUUACCAAAAUAAGCCCCUUCGAGGGCCCACAGUACCAGCUGGCCCCCAAGUGGGCUUUCUACCUGCAGGCAGCAUUCAUGGGAUUCGUAUUUUUUGUAGGUACCCCUCUCACCGGCAUCGUCCUCUUUGUUACAAUGAAGUACAAGAAACUCAGACAGCCGCUCAACUAUAUUUUGGUGAAUAUCUCCGCAGCUGGUUUUAUUUUUGACACGUUCUCGGUCAGCCAAGUAUUUCUCUGCGCGUUAAGAGGUUAUUACUUUCUCGGGCAUACGUUGUGUGCGUUGGAGGCUGCAAUGGGAUCAAUUGCGGGGCUUGUGACAGGAUGGUCCUUGGCUGUUUUGGCUUUUGAAAGAUAUGUGGUCAUUUGCAAACCUUUCGGCACCUUCAAGUUUGGAAAAAGCCAGGCCCUUGGAGCAGUAGCCCUCACUUGGGUCAUCGGGAUUGGGUGUGCUACUCCUCCCUUCUGGGGAUGGAGCAGGUACAUUCCUGAGGGUCUCGGCACAGCCUGCGGUCCUGACUGGUACACCAAAAGUGUGGAGCACAACUCCGAAAGCUACACAUACUUUCUUCUUGUCACCUGCUUCAUCAUGCCAAUGUCCAUCAUCAUCUUCUCCUAUUCUCAGCUACUGGGAGCCUUGCGUGCUGUCGCAGCCCAGCAGGCAGAGUCAGCAUCCACCCAGAAGGCAGAAAAGGAAGUGUCAAGAAUGGUUAUUGUGAUGGUGGGGUCUUUUGUGCUUUGCUACGCCCCUUACGCUAUCACUGCCAUGUGGUUCGCCAACGCCGAGGACACGAACAAGGAUUACCGCUUGGUUGCCAUCCCCGCUUUCUUCUCAAAGAGCUCCUGUGUGUACAAUCCCCUAAUCUACGCCUUCAUGAACAAACAGUUCAACGCAUGCAUCAUGGAAACGGUAUUUGGAAAGAAGAUCGAAGAAAGCUCGGAGGUUUCCAGCAAGACGGAAACAUCAUCUGUCUCGGCUGCAUGAAUACACAUUUACUGAUCACUCGAUAAUUCACAUACUGUACUUUUACACUCUUUCAAGGGGAAAGUGAUGUCACCUUGUCCCACCAAAUCCCAAAGCCACAGGCACAGCUCACUGGAUGUACAGUGUC